AUGAAGGUUGCUCAAUAUCUUGCAAUUCUUCCGCAACUUUGCGCGGCAGCUAGCUAUUAUUUCGAUGGCUCUGCUGCAACGAACGGGGAAGGCACUGAAGCAAAACCAUUCAACACGCUGUCUUCGAUCCCAAGUCUGUCACUCUCUCCAGGCGAUAACAUUUUGCUCAAACGAGGCACCACUUUCACCGGUCCACUAUCACUUGACAGCAGUGGAUCCGCCGGAUCGGUCAUCACAAUCGGUGCUUAUGGCGACGCCUCAAAGUCGAAGCCAAUUGUUCAGGCAGGCGACAGUUUGAGUUCGGUCUUGAUCAAAGGAAGCUCCUUUGUCACUGUUCAAGAUCUUAACAUCACCAAUCCGGGAGACAAUUCGUCACCGCGCCGUGGUGUGUACGUGUAUGCAUCGGAUGCUGGACGAGUCCAAGAAAUUACCCUCCAGCGUCUCUAUAUUCAUGAUGUACGAGGCUGGAUGCCUUCAACGACAACUUCUGGGGCUGGUACUGGAAAGUACGCGAAUGCUUCCGGUGCCAUUGUGGUUGAAGCCGCGGGCUCCGUAACUCCAACCUAUUUUGAUCGCGUCACAAUCCAAGACAAUGAAAUCCGUUCCGUGGACCGGCAGGGAAUCUACACUUGGACUAAUUGGUGCCGGAGAGACGCGCUCGCUGCGUUCUGGAAUAGCCUUUGCACCAAACCAUGGGCGGCGUCCUCUGGAUUGGUGAUUCAAAGGAACCGUCUGUAUGAUAUUGGUGGCGAUGGAAUCGUUGUCAAGGGCAACAAUGAUGCCCUUGUCCUCAGUAACACCGUUGUGGGCUUCAAUCGGCGGUCUGAGUCCUUCAAUGUUGGAAUUUGGACCGCUAACAGCGAUGGGUCUAUCUUCCGGUAUAACACUGUAUCAGGUGGCAAGACAGAAUAUGAUGGAAUGUCAUAUGAUGUGGACCAUUCAACCUCGGGUACUCUGUUCGAAUACAAUCUUUCCCACAACAACGAGGGUGGAUUCUUCCUACUUUGCCCUUACGACAAGCCAACUCGAAAUUUCACAAUCAGAUACAACCUUUCAGUCAAUGAUCGGGCAAGGAUCUUCAACAUUUGCAGCGGAUCCCUCGUUGAUGGACAGAUCUACAAAAACACCAUUUAUAUUGGAGCUGGUCUCUCGCCUAAUAUCGUGAAUGAAGGCACUUCUGCAAGCCUUGAUGUCGUAUUUUCAAACAACAUCAUCAGAAAGGAAGGUGCCGGUACGGCCAAGUGGGUUUUGGAUGACGCUUCCUUCAUUGUGGACAACAACGCGUUCUACGGAUCUAUCGACACUUAUUCCAAAGCCACCAAGUCCAUCACCGGGAUGCCCGGUCUGGCAGCUCCUGGAUUGAGGGAUCCCAAAGCGUAUCUGCUAGCAAGCGGUUUCGCCACCUUGGAUGCUGCAACUGUCGUAGAAAAUGAUGCGAGCGUGGACUUCUUCAAUAAUCCUACAAGCGCGCACCGGAAUCUCGGAUUUUACUCUGGUCCUGGAACAAAGACACCGACAUGGAUCAGUCGCUUUGAUGAUUCGACUCUCUCCGGUUGGACCGCAAACGGAGGAGCCUCCAUCGUGGCAGACCCAGCCGGCGACCUCGGUAACUCGGUUUCACUAUCCUCUGGUGCUUCGAUUACCAGAGACAUCUCUCUGAAAGCUCCGUUCCGCGUUAAUCUGAGGAUCUGGAUUCCAGCUGGUAGCGAUGCUUCAGCAUCAGUUGAAAUCCAGGGGGCCUCCAAGUCUGUCACUGUGCAGUUCUCUAAUGCUUCACCCUACAGACUGGGCGAAUGGCAAAUCCUGGAAGUUUCGUUUUCCGACAGUGGGUCGAGCGCCACGGUUGACGGAGAAUCGGUGUCUAUUGGAGAGAAAGCCAAUGCAGGCACCACUUCAUUCGUUAAGAUCAACGGUGGCUCGUCUGGUUUGAUUGCCGAUGAAGUGUUUGUUACAGGAGUGUAA